GAAUUUUAUUUAAUGUGUGUUUUUAUUGGUUAUUUGAUAAAAAAAAUAUUCUUGUGUUUUGUAGAAAUUUUGAUGUACUUUUUGAAUAUGAAAGUUUAAUUUUUUUUAUUUAUAUACAAAUUUUUAAAUAAACUAAAUUUAAAAAUAUUUUAAAAUUUUACUUCGUGUUUUGUGUAAAUAAGGGAAGAAAAUGGAAGGUGGAACAGUGCUUACCCCAGCUGUAGAAGGAAUGAAGCAAAUCAAGUCUCAAAAUGGAGAUAUGCUCACCAAACCAUUCUUAAAUGUUUGCAAGCUCAUCUUGCCAAUCUUAGAUAAACUAGGAGCAGCCAUGAGUGUGGUGAAAUCAGAUAUCAGUGGAAACAUAUCGAGAUUGGAAUCCAAAUAUGAGACAAACCCAUCAAGAUUCAACUACUUGUACAGUUUUGUACAAGCAGAAGUUGAAACCAAAACUGCCAAAUCCUCAUCCAGUUGCACCAAUGCUCUUCUUUGGCUCACUAGGACAAUGGAUUUCAUAGUGGAGCUCUUCCGGAACUUGGCCCAGAAUCAAGACUGGUCAAUGUCACAAGCAUGCAGUGAUUCUUACGCUAAGACGUUGAAAAACUGGCAUGGAUGGCUGGCUAGCUCUACCUUUUCAGUUGCAAUCAAGCUUGCUCCGGAUAGGAAGAAGUUCAUGGAGGUGAUAGUUGGAGGAGGUAGGAACAGCUAUGGAGAGGUGGAGGCUUUCUACACCACAUUAUCACCCAUUCUCCACCAGAUUCACAAAUUCUUGGCAAGUGUUGGCUUGGACACAAUGAAAGCUUCGUGAGACAAAGGCACAGACCAAUCCAUUCUCUAUUGAUUUUUUUCUCUGGUUAUUUUUUUUGUUUAUAGUUUAUGUCAUCUUUUCAUGUUCAAAAAAUAGCGUAACAAAGAGAACACUUUCUCCAUCUGAAAAUGUUAUUCACAUUUGACUUUUUGGUCAAAGUUUGUAAACUUUGACUCCGGUUCAUAGAAAAAAUACAUUUUACUGUGAUAU